GACACACCCACACGCGCCUUUAAAACCGGAGUCCAAUGGAUUGUUACUCUUCUCUAGUGUUUCAGAUAUUAAAACUGGACAUCAAAGUUGUUUAAUAACUCUCUUAACUCUUCAGGAAGGCUGAACCAAGCAAGAUCGAGGUGCUACUGGUCGUCUGCGAUGUAGUUCAUGGCGGGCGAGCAUUAGUGAUUCACCUGGCAUCAUCUUAAAAAAAAAUAAGGAUAGUGAUGCUGUUGACACUUUCAGCAAACCAGUCAGAUCUAAACUGAUCUGAGAUCUGUUAGCACCACUUGCCCUAAAGUCACUCAACAUGAUUGACCUGAGCUAUCUGACAGAAGAAGAGAAGGGGAUGGUAUUGGCGGUGCUGAACAGAGACGCAAAGCUGAAGAACUUGGAAGAACAAAGAAUCAAGCGGCUUCGUAAGACAGAGAAAGAUGGCAGCAGGCUGAAGUAUCUGACUGGGGAGUGGUUUUACGAGACAAAAUAUCACAGACACAGAGACAGGGUCCAUGUCUCCGACAUCAUCAGAGCAUCAAUGGGGCAAAGAAAACCCUAUACAAUAUCUGAACUUUCUAACAGAUGGGACGAGAAACCCAGUUUAGUGAACAGUGAGAGGAGAGAUGUUUUCAUUCCUCCAGAACUCAUGGGGCUCAUUGAAGAUCCAUCCACACAGUCCCGAAAUGACAGGGUUGACGAUCAGAAAUUUCCAGAAGCCCAGCAGGAAAGGCAGAGAUCUCAAAUCAAGCCCAGACAGAAUCCCUUCAAUAUCAUGCGCUAUGCAGACAGGCAUAUCAAUGGAGUGAAGGAGGCUGAGCAGGCACCUACUGAGGAGCCUCUUCUUGCAGCCAAGAGCUCCACACCCUAUAAUGCUAUUCAAAACACAGACAACACUGAAACCCAUGUAUGCACUCAAUGCACAGUGCCAAAAAAUAGACUUCUGUUGAAUUCCGGCACAGACUCUCAUUUGGACACCACCGACGGUGACCCCAGUGUUAUACAGGGUGCAAGCCCUGCACCCAGAGGUAUCUUUAAGGCACACGACUGCUUCAGCUGUAACUCUACUGGCUCCAUUCUUGACCCAAGUAUCUGCCCGAUCAGUCUUGAGAUACCCAUCAGCCCUCCACUUUCCCCCUGCACGAUGCAGUCUGUCUCUGAAUGGUUAGACAGGAAGCAGGUCCACGUUUCCCCCAUCGUUCGGCCAAUAGAGAGCGAGAAAGGAGAACACAGCGUGCUGGAUGAAGACUGGAGUCCACUGGUUGAUGAGGAUAAGGAGCCGGAUAAAAGCGAUACCAUGAACAAUGAUAAUCAUGAGCUUUAUGCCGAGCCUCAGUCCACACAGGUGUCCAACUUCAACUCCACUGCUGAAGUAACAGGUAAGGCCAUUCAAUUGGACACAAAGUGCCAGACUCGUAAAGUAACAGAGGAAGAACGGUUUGGGCAAGGUUCCCAGGAUGCAGCGUUGACAGAACUUAAGUCACCAGUCGAGAGUGAGAAGAACCAAGAGGAACCAAAUGAUCAUGGAACCUUAGAUGUGAAGUUAGACUAUUUGUCACCUCCAGUUGUACAGCCAAAGACCAAGCCAUCACCAAAACCUCGCAGGGGGCUUUUUGCAUUGUUUUCGAGAGCAGAAGAAAAAGACAAGAGUCUUGAAGUUUUAGUACUUGAUGAAGAAGUGAGAAGUCAAGAUAAAGGACGUUUAGAGUGUCAAACAACUUGUACCUUGAGAACCGAGGCAGAUGACAAUGUAGAUCUGCAGGAAGAGAGCAAGAUGACAGAAAUUUUGCAGGUUCCUUCCAAAGCAGUGGAUGGAAACAAAAAGGGCAGUGCUGUUUGUGAAUAUGAUUCUCAGAACCUUGGCCUAGGUGAAGUAUCACCAGGUAGACUUGCCAACCUCAAGUCAUUCUGGGAAAGGGGAAAUGAAGGACCAAAAAUACUAAGCGUCAAAAAAAGAGACGUGAUACCAGAAAGUGAGACAUCACUGCUUAAUGAAAAUUACAAUUUGGAUUUAAGAUUUAAUCUAUCAGGAUCCAAACCCAAUGAUCCAAUCCCAAACCCAGUACAUGCUAGUGAAUAUCCAGUUGACAUAGAAUCUACAACUGGUAUGAUGUAUGACUUAUCCUCAAAUGAAGAUGCAAAACUUUCUGAUUUGGAUGGCAGUAAGAUUUCAGCAUGCCCAAAUAAUAAGCAGCAAUCUGACUUGGUGAAAACUAAUGUCAAGCUGCUUUCACCCAACAGUAUUAAGUCGGGCAAUGAUAUGCAGGAAGAGGUUCUCGCCGAGUCUCUCUCCAGGGAAAUAUCUGACCUAAAGGAAGAAAUCUCCACCUUCCAAAUAUCCCUCUGUCCACAGAAAAAUAAAAUCUCAAUUAAUGAUCUCAAGUCAUUCUGGGAGGAAGAAAAAAGUGGCCUUGAAGUAAAUGUGGGCUCACCAACAUGUGCAUCCAUUACUAAAGAGUCCUCUCGAGAGUCAUCUCCACAAUGUUCCUCAAUAGAACUUUACAAAUCUCCGCCUGAUGUCACGUCAGCCAGCCCAGAUUUAAGUUCCUUAGACAGAAUGAGUUUGUCUUUAAACAAAGAUGUUGAUUUGCUUGUGACACAAGAGGAGAUUGAUACGAUUGAGAAAAAACACAGCCCAAGCAGAGUGCCAGAACAAGACCAUCAAGGCUUCACAGGUGACAGUGCUGAACACAGCCCAGUCCAAGCUGCACUGGAACGAGCCAGUGCUCGACCCAUUUCUAUAUCCAAGAGUCUGGAGGACCUCCCAUCCACUCCUUCAUCAUCUACAGUCGCUUCCGACACUAACACGUCUUUCUCAGACCCCGAGCAGAUAAAGAUGAUGAGCCUGUCUGUCCCUACAUUCAUAAACCAAGAGAUGGAUUACAGAAACGGUGACUGUGCAUCAGUGAGCAGUCUCCAAUUUGACAGACAGAGAGCAUGCAACGCUUCUCCUGCCUUUAAUAUUUGCUCUGAAGGGACCUCCAUGUCUUCUGUCACUGGCAGUGUAACGAGUAUCAACAGUGGGGAAUUUGGUAAUGUGCCAGUCAAAGGGACAAUCCAGUUCGCAAUUAACUAUUUGGAAAAACUUGAAGAUUUCCACAUCUUCGUAGUGAAGUGCAAAGAUCUCGCCGUGGCUGAUCCUAAGAGGAACCGUUCUGACCCGUAUGUUAAAUGUUACUUACUGCCUGAUAAAGCAAAAUUUGGAAAGAGAAAAACAUGCGUAAGGAAGAAAACUCUGGAUCCAACGUACAACGAAAUUCUACGGUUCAAAAUUCCAAUGGAGACGUUGAAAACUCAAAAGUUAAACGUCUCUGUGUGGCACAAUGACACAUUUGGCCAUAACAGCUGUCUUGGAGAGGUCGAGAUUGAUCUGGCCGAAUGGGACUUCAGUGCAACACAGAUGAAUGAAUACCUGCUUAAAGGAAGGGUUCAGGUUCCCCGCAGCCCAAAACAGUCUGCCUGUAGUGAAGAAAUGAUAGCAGAGAUGAGACUCGCUCUACGUUUUCUCCAACAGACUUCUCACAGUCACAAGACCAAGGCGAAUGGUGAGGUGCAAAUCUUGGUGAAAGAAUGCAAGAAUCUGCCUAUUUCCAGAGGUGUUUCCAUGAACCCUUUUGUUAAAUGCACAGUCCUCCCAGAUACUAGCCGGAAAAGCAGACAGAAAACAAGAGUAGUAAAGAGGUCAUCCAACCCAGAGUUUAACCACACCCUGGUGUAUGAAGGCUUCAGGCCAGAGGACCUGAAAGAGGCGUGCGUAGAGCUUACUGUGUGGGAUCAUGAAAGACUUCACAGCCACUUCAUCGGAGGUAUCAGGCUCGGUCCUGGAACAGGUAAAAGUUAUGGUGCUGAAGUGGAUUGGAUGGACUCUAACAGUGCUGAGGCAGCCCUGUGGGAGAAAAUGAUGCAGAGUCACAAUGAAUGGGUGGAGGGUGUAUUACCUUUGAGGAUGCUGCUCAUGGCUAAGAAAAGUGCAUCAACAUAAGGACACGAAAAUAAGGAUGGACUGAAGAGAAUGCAGAAAUUUAAAUUAACAAACUGGAUCAUUCUUUAUUUGUGUUUGAUUGAUAUAUUUAAUUUGGUUAGUCAUAGACAGUAAAUACGAGGAAAACAUAAAAUAUAUCGUGUUUUCAAAACUCCAAAAAAUAUUAAUAUGUUCAAGUGGAAACUUGCCUGCCUUAAUAAUACACUACAAAAAUACACUGCAUUAAUACACUACAAUUAUAAUAAAAAUUUUAAACCGU